GACCAGUGCACAGCUGAGGGAAGGCUUGCCCGUUGCUAGCCAAUUAGCCGCGUUAGCUGCGCCUGGCAGUCUUGACAGAAAUAGCUCUUUCUCUUCGCCCUUUCUGACACAAACGCCCGCGGGAGAUACGCUGCCAGUCAUGGAGAGGAUACAGCGCAUAUGGUCGUCUUUCGUAUCCCCCCGUAUCGUCAUCUUUUGUUUAGAUGUCAAUGUCAUAGUUUGUAGCUAGGACUGUCCAGUUAGCACAGCUAGCUUGUGUCUGUCCAGCGCAGGGCCGAGGCCGAGGCGAGAAAAGAAAAGGGAGGCCGUUGGCAUCCACCAAGCAAUCGCUCUGUAGGUGGACGGAGGAGGAGAGAGGACGAGAGUAGGACCUCAAGUUUUGGAUCGCAUCCUCUUUUCGCUGUUACCCUCAGAUGAGCCAUGUCGUCGCCCGGGUGCUGCCACCUACCUGGCUCUCUUUGUGAUUAUUCUGGGAACGCUGAAUCUGAUGCCUCCAAGGAUUCAGAGGAGUCUGACUCCACUACGCAGGCCCAGUACAUUGCCAAGGUUACGGCUAAAGAUGGCCGCCCACUCUCCACCGUUGUCAAAGCGGUUAGCUUGCAGAGUGAUGUGGGCAUGUGUCGGAUCUGUCAUGAGGGAGCUGGGGGGGAGACUCUGCUCUCGCCCUGCGACUGCACUGGUACACUUGGCAAAGUGCACAAGAGCUGCUUGGAGAAGUGGCUGUCCUCCUCCAACACCAGCUACUGUGAACUUUGCCACACAGAGUUCACUAUUGAACGGCGACCACAACCACUCACACAGUGGCUGAAGGACCCAGGCCCUCGCAGUGAGAAGCGCACGCUGCUGUGCGACAUGGCCUGCUUCCUUCUCAUCACGCCCCUGGCAGCUAUCUCUGGGUGGCUGUGUCUGAGGGGAGCCCAGGACCACUUGCAGCUGAAGAGCAGACUCGAGGCUGUUGGCCUCAUUGCCCUCACCAUCGCCCUCUUCACUAUCUACAUCCUCUGGACACUGGUGUCCUUUCGGUAUCACUGUCAGUUGUACUCAGAGUGGAGGAGGACCAAUCAGAAAGUGCGCCUGCUCAUGCCCGACAUGAAGGGAGCGCACACCACCCAACGCUCUGUGCCGACCAAGUCGACCAAGAAAAUGACUGAUGAGACGAUCGUAUGAGUGCAGAGCUUUGGCAAGAGGAAUAUUUAAAGUGAAGCGCUCUCUAAAAACAAAAUUAAUCAUAUUAAUGAACUUUUGCACUUCGUAUGGACCAUUCUGAGAGGAGAGAGAGCUACUUUCUUUUCUUUCUUUCUUUUUUUUUUUUUGUUGAAGCACUUGAUGUAAAUUCUUCGGUAUUGGCCAACCAUAAGAAGUGGUUACGGGAAGAACUCAUUCCGGAGUCAUUGUUGAUGAACGUUGUCACGGGACAGCCAGUGCUGGGAUGUGAACGACAGAACACAUGGACAAUGGACUGACCAGCCUGACUCAACGUCAGUGACACAAACUUAUGAAAUACUAAGACACAAGCUAAUGUAGCAGGAUAUAACUGAUUGAGCAUGCUACUACAGUAUAAUAGGAAACAUACUCACUACCUAUAAUUCCCCCGUCAUCCUUCACAAUGUAUUUAACUGUGUUUGAACAAUGGGUUGACAACAGCCCUGCGGAGGGUAAUAAUCUAAAAACACGAUUGACAAAGUCUUUCUGUGGAUACUUUUUUUUUUUUUUUUUUUUCUUCUCCUUCGAUAAGUAGAGGGUGACCGUUGCUCAUACCAGUGUCCUUGUCUAUAAUCUGAACCCUUUUUAAUCCUGGUAAAGCUUUGUCAUUGCUGUCUGAAGAGUGAAAAUCAAAUCACUUCUCUGUUUGGGCAGCAGCUGAGGAACCAUGUAUUUAUCACAGUUGUCCCGUAUACUAAAAUCAUCACUGGCCCAGACAACACUAACCGUUAAACGGGCGUGCAGUAAUGUACAUGGGUAAAGUAUUGAAGGUGGUCAAAAGUGUUUACAUUCUAUAAUUGGACGAUGUUUCUUCUGUUGUCAUAACAGUGCAUUAGCAAACAGCCCUGCUCCACUUGUAAAUGCACCAUUCAUCGACUGAGCUGCCUAGCAAUGACCAGUAGUAAUGUCUUACAUCACAAGAGAUGCAAUUUUAAAAAGAGGAGAUACAGUGUUCGGAGAUUACAGACUUAUGACCUAUGUGAAAAUACGGAUAUGUGACAGCAGGCUGGUGCUUGGUGAAGUAUAAAGAAAACUGUGUUUUGAGGUGUCAAUUGAUGUAUGCAGCACAUGCUAAACAAAGUAUUUUGUGUUAUGGUAGUCUUCCUGCUGCAUCUCCUGGAAAGUUGGGUUAUUGUGCAAUAAAAUAUGAGGGACUCCUGGA